UUGAGGUCCGAAAAGGACCCCAAAAACAUCUACCGGAAGAUUCGGGUUUACACUGUUUAACACAACCACGAAGUCAAAAUUGGCUGUUGUAAAAAUUGAUAAAAACAAAAAAAUUAAGAUUAGUGUUACGCAUAAGUUUAGCAGUGUGGUUAAUCACUUUUGAAUAUUUAUUGUUUUACUUUGGGACUGUGGUAACUAGUGACGAUCGAUUAUUUGCUGUACAAAUUUAAACGUUAACGGAUUUCCAAUAAAAGAACUUGAGUGUGGAAGAUGAACAGCAUGUCCCCUGAGGUUGCACUGAAUCGCAUCUCUCCUGAGCUGCGCCCCUUGUUGUGCAGUGUGGUGCGGAAUGGUCGAGUGGGCCUUGACUCUACCAACUGCCUGCGUGUCACAGACCUCAAGACUGGAUGCACGUCUCUGACUCCAGGGCCCUGUUGUGAUCGAUUCAAACUGCACAUCCCCUACGCUGGAGAAACAUUGAAAUGGGAUAUCAUCUUCAACGCACGGGAUCCAGAACUACCUCCAGAUUUCAUAUUUGGAGAGGAUGCAGAAUUCCUGCCAGAACCCUCCGAACUCCCACACCUGGUCCAGUGGGAUGCGGGGGACUCGGAGUGCCUGCUUCAGCUGGUGAAGGAGCUUAUCCAGCAGUACCACCAGUACCAGUGCCAGCGUCUGCGCGAGAGCUCCCGGCUGCUCUUCGAGUACGACAGCCUGCUCGAGGACCCCAACUACAGCCGCAGCAUGGAGAUCUACGCCGGGCACAAGAACAGCUGGACGGGGGAGUUCUCCGCUCGCUUCCUGCUCAAGCUCCCUGUGGACUUCAGCAACAUCCCUGUGUAUCUCCUCAAGGACACAACGUUGGACCCUGGGGAAGACGUGGCUCUUCUCUCCGUCAGCUUUGAAGACGCAGAGGCCACCCAAGUGUUCCCUAAACUCUACCUGUCCCCCAGCAUUGAACACGCACUUGGAGGUUCCUCUGCACUACACAUCCCAGCAUUCCCUAGUGGAGGCUGCCUCAUUGACUAUGUACCUCAAGUGUGCCAGCUCCUCACCAACAAGGUGCAGUAUGUCAUUCAAGGCUACCACAAGAGGAGAGAGUACAUUGCUGCCUUUCUCAGUCACUUUGGAAUGGGGGUGGUGGAGUACGAUGCAGAGGGAUUCACCAAGCUCACUCUUCUCCUCAUGUGGAAAGACUUCUGUUUCCUUGUCCAUGUGGACCUCCCUCUGUACUUCCCGCGGGACCAGCCCACUCUGACUUUCCAGUCUGUGUACCACUUCACCAACAGUGGGCAGCUGUACUCGCAGGUGCAGAAGUCCUACCCUUACAGCCCCCGCUGGGACGGCAACGAGAUGGCCAAGCGAGCCAAAGCAUACUUCAAGAGCUUCAUCCCUCAGUUUCAGGAAGGGGCCUUUGCCACUGGGAAACUCUAGGACUGAAGUACAGCAGUGUGUUCGUGUGUGAGCAUGUGCGUGUGUGUUUGUGUGUGAAUGGACUGCAUGAUAGUGAUAAUGUGCUUACUGUACGGGUACUCUCUAACGCCACGUUGAGCAUUUCAUGCUUUUUCCUACACUGUCUGUUUCUCCAUUUUAUUAAGUUGUUUUUUCUCCUUUCUUAAAACUAGAGGGAAUGAAAGUACUGAAAAGCUGUUACUAAAAUGGUUUGGAGUAGUAGGUCAGAACCACUUGUUACAUCAACAGACAGAUGUGGGGCUUGCCCAGCCAAAGUGUUACGACUUCAAAGCAGACGUCAAUUCUGAUCUUCAGAGUGUUUGUCAGAGAACUGGAAAAGUGCCCUUGAAGGGGAAUAACGGAACCCCUCUGACUCAUUGUUGGACUGUCUGUCAAAGUGUUCACCUUUCUCAGUCAGGGACAGUGAGGUAGAGCAAGAGCUACGUCACCAGGUUAUGCAGCUGCUCACUCACUGCAGUGCUAGAUAGAAUUUUGAUGAAUAACACAAAAAUAAUCAAAUUUAGUUAACAGUGAUCAUACAAGAUUCGUGAAGGUUACUGCUCAAGCAGCAACACACGCACGAGGGGACUCCUCAUAAACACAAAACACUGGCAAUUUUCAAAAUAGCCUGCAUCAGACUUUAGCACAUAACCCAACAAAACACACCUUUAUUGUCAGAAGCGUCAUCAGACCUAGGUGGUAGCCUAUAUAAUUUCUCAUGUUCAAUGCUCUGUAAACCAAGCAGAAAAUGCUGUGCUCUAAAGAUGACAUAGCCACGCAAAUACAUUAGAAGAUAAUAGUUGAUCUGAAACACUGUUCUCACAACCUUUAUCUCCUAAAUGAUGUCGCUGGUGUAUUUUGUAAUAUAUUGUGCAGUAGGCUAUAAGGUUUUUUAACCAGGCUCGAAUCCUUCCAGGCUGAAAACAUAUAAGAAUACUUUUGCAUUUUAUAAAAUGAGCCUACAUUAUUACAUUCUCUUGCUCGCUCCAGGCAAAUCGCUUGCAUCAUUUAGUAAAUCAUUGUCAAUAGUCUACCGAUUUAGAAAAUGUAAAUGUGGGCUAAUAAUACAUGUAAUAAUAGCAUAUGUGAUCUACCCCAAUGAAAAGUUUGGAAGUGAGCAUAAAUCACAUUUCGAUAGAUGCAUGCAUCAGUACCUAGGCUAUCUAUUAUAUCUGCAACGGAAAUUAUUUUACAUGGAUAGGUUUGCUUUCAGCUGGCUGCUGUAGUGAAUUUACAAUUUUAUAAAACAUUUCUUCCAUAAAUGAGCCGUAUAGCCCGUAUGUGUCAUCCAUUGAAGUGGACGUUAUGUUGCACACUCACUAGACUUUCCCUCUCAUUUUAGUAUAUAUAUUUGUAUAUUUAUGUUGCCGUAAUGAUCUGAUCACACCAUGCAACAAUUGAUGUAGCCUACAGUCAGAGAUGGAAGAUGGGCAAUGUUAAUUGGCAGGUGGAAUGAUGUCCAAUGGGGUUGCAUGGUUAAAAGUGGGAGGCGGGAUCAGGUUGGCUCCUUUCAUCCUUGCUUGGCAGAGAUCUCAGAAAAGGUCAAAGGAUGAAUCUGAUACCCAAAUUGAUCACAGAAAAUGUUUAAGACAAUUCUCACAAUUGAUUGGGCUUCCCGAAUUUAGUAUAUUCGCUGUGACCAAAAGUUUAAUAUUUUUGUAGAUUUGUGUUAUUCCACAAAGUUCUAUCUAGCGCUGCAGUGAGUGGGGAGCUGCAUAACAUAGUUGUAGCACUAUCUUGCUCUCCCUGAGUGAGAGAGGUGAGCACUCUGACAGACAAUUCAACAAUGGGUUAGAGGGGUUUAUUCCCCUUUAACUGUUUGACUGGAGCUCAAUGUGGGAAAGAUCAAGAUCAGCGGUUCAUCUUCAUUCAUAUCAAACAGUGGGGUGGGGCCAAACCUUGAUCUUACCAAUACCUGAUUACGUUCUACACUUGUCUUAAUCCUUGCCUUGAGAAGUCCUCCUUAGUACUAUGUACAUUGGAGAAUACUGUAAAAACCUGUGAUUGUAUUUUGACUUACUACAUGAGUUUUUACUGAAUUAUGUUUUUCUGUUAUAUUUUUGUUUCACCAACAUCUCAGUCAUUUUCCCAAUAAACCCUCAAAUCAUA